AAAUGAGGUUGAUGCAGCAAUGAAAUAUCCGUCGUUAAUGGGAACGAUACUCGCCCGUGAUCUAGUAUUCCAAUCGCUCAUUAGGAUAUACAUUAAUUUAAUAAACGGAAUCAGAUAACACGUGGUGCUUUUGUGUCUGAAUGUUCCUCGGUCCCGCUGGUGCCCGCUUAUUUAUUGAAUUUUUGAAGAAAGCGAAUAUCCGAUUGUCAUAUUUCUUCAUCUUUAUAUGAUCCGAUCACCGGAGUUGGGAUUUUUAAGAUCUGAUCCUCUUCUUCCGAAUUACGUGAUGGAUAACAGUUGUUGCUGGUAAACGGCUCAACACCAUGGUCAACAAUUGGACUUCUUGUAAAUAACCUAAUGUUUGUUGCUCAUAAGAGCUAACUCUAGUCAAAUAAAAUUCUUUUGUUGUUCUCGUCAAAUCUCAUCAGACAAAAAUGGGAAGAUACUCAGGGAAAAAAUGUCGCCUCUCCAGUAUGUUUGUACUUACGGCCGGCUACUUUCUGGUUGAAAUCAGUGUUGGUUACAUCACAAAUUCUAUGGCAUUAGUUGCAGACUCUUUUCACAUGUUAUCAGAUGUGAUAGCUCUUGUAAUAGCCUUCUUAUCAGUUAAAAUGUCUCCUAAAAGAUGGUCAAAAAGCACUUUUGGUUGGGCCAGAGCUGAAGUACUAGGAGCCUUAGUCAAUGCAGUAUUUCUAGUAGCUUUAUGCUUUUCUAUAUUUGUGGAGUCAUUGAAAAGGUUUUAUACACCAGAAGAAAUACAUGAUCCAGUAUUGAUUCUUUAUGUUGGAGCCUUUGGACUUGCAGUUAAUGUCAUUGGCCUUUUUCUGUUUCAUGGUCAUGGACAUGGGCAUAGCCAUGGAGGUCAUAGUCAUCAUGACAAGCAUAACUUACCAACACUGGAGGAUGUGCUAUCUGAAGGUGACAUUAACGACAAUAAGGGAAAUUUCCAAGUGCCUGUUCCAAAUAAUCAAGCAGCAGCAGAGAAACAAUCCGCAAAGCAUGAUUCAAGCAGUCAAAUGAAUAUGCAUGGUGUAUUCCUUCAUGUGCUAGCAGAUGCCCUUGGUUCAGUUAUUGUAAUCAUCAGUGCUCUAAUUAUUUGGCUGACAGAAUGGGAGUACAGAUACUAUGUUGAUCCUGCUCUUAGUGUUUUCAUGGUUGUUUUAAUUAUGAAUUCUACAUGGCCCUUGUUGAAAGACUCUGCAAUGAUCUUACUACAAACUGUGCCAACACAUAUACAAGUAGACUAUCUUCAAAAUAAAUUAUUGCGUGAGAUUGAUGGUAUUUUGUCCGUUCAUGAAUUUCAUGUGUGGCAAUUAGCUGGAGAAAGAAUAAUUGCUUCGGCUCACAUAUGUUGUCGCAGUCUGUCCGAUUACAUGGCAGUUGCCGAAAAAGUUAAAGAAUUUUUUCACAACGAGGGUAUUCAUUCAACAACUAUACAACCUGAAUUUAUUGGUGUUAAUGAUCAUCCUGAAAGUUCCUGUGUAUUAAAUUGUAUGACUACAAACUGUGUACAGCAAACAUGUUGUGGAUCUUUUAAUGAAAAAAAACCUCCGCCGCCAAUUCAGCCAUUUAUUACUAAUACUGAAAAGAAAGGAUACACAGAGACUUCAGGCAGUGUAAAUGGUGUUUACAGGACAUUAGACAGUUUGAAAACUCACAUCGAAAAACUCUAA